AGUGAACAACACACCAGAGUUGACAGCUGCUGUUUUUGAACAGCACAGUACAACAAUGCAGCUCAACAGAGCUCUGCUCAUCUUUUACCUGGUAAUUUCAGUGGGUGCACGGAGGGACCACAGAGUGACGUGCUUUCUGGAUGUUUUAACACACAGCACACAUGAGGGUCUGUGCACUCAUAUUGUUGUUCCCUCUUCCUCUACUGAUGACAAGCUCAGUCUUCAAAGCUUGUCGAAGGAUAACUAUGAUACUCUUAGUAAGAUGAAGGAGAGAAAUCCAAAUCUGAAGAUUUUGCUUGGAUUGGAAGUGAAAACAUCAAGGUUGGAGCUGAUGUCUGCUAAUGAGUCCAGCGUUGAGAAUUUCAUAUCCACGGCACUGAGAUACUUGAGGGAGAAUAGUUUAGAUGGCUUGGACUUGACUUGGCUGGACGGCCCCGUUUCUGAGCAAUCUAGCAAAAGCAAAGAGCUGUUCAUGAAUUUUCUCAAGAGUCUAAGAGGAGCGAUUGAAAAAGAGACAAGUGUCUCUGUUAUCCAGUCUCUACUUCUUUCCUUGUCUAUACCAGACCACGCAGACCACAGCAGCAUGGUCAAUUAUGAUGAGCGAACACUUUCACAGUAUGUGGACUUCAUCUCCCUUCUGCCUGCUCAUCUUGAAAAUGAUGGACCAUACAUUAACAAAACAGUCCAACAUUGGCAGGAUCAGCAGGUUGACCUGCAAAAGUUGAAUCUAGCCAUGCCUGCUUUUCUACAAAGAUCACGUAGAAGGCAUUACCACAGGGACCAUCCAAGGAAUGAUGACUUGAAUAUAGAGGAAGAAAAGAAAGAUCACAUCCACGGUGUGGGCUUAUUUCUGGCCAAUCAGGUGUGUCAGGCCAUUAAAAGUGGACAAGAGCAGUUCAUUGCUUUAACAAGUCUCUCAGACGUGCAAUGUCUUGUCAAGGAGUUUCUCGCAAAAGGCUUUGGUGGUGUAGGUGUUGUCUUCGUUGAUAUAGAUGUCUUCUGUAACUCCAUAUGUGCUAAUAGCACUCUGGAUGAAAGGGCGAUUGUUAAAUCUAAGGCGAUUAUGCAUUCACAUCAUGGACACCAAGGUCAUGGUAAUCCACAUCACAUAAGGGAUCAUCACCAUAGCCAUAGGGAUCACCAUUACUCUUCUAAGCUUCCUGUCCAUAAUAAGGGUCACCAUCAUCACAGACAUCAUCAUCGUGGACAUCAUCGACAUGGUCACCAUGGUCAUGGCCACCACGGUCAUCAUCACCAUCACCCACAUCCAACUUCUCCUUAAAGCAUUAUGGCCACUGAGGGAAACCAGGGUUUGGAGUGACCUCAAAACUGCACAAUAAUGUUUUUCUAAUCAUGCAUUUUUAAACGUAAAUCUGUGUUUUAAUCUUGACAAUUUUGUGCUUUGCCUAUUAAAUGCAUUUUUGGUGUAAAAUUAUAUUAGAAUGAGAACAUUUGCAUGGUUUAUGAUUUCAUACAUAAUCAUUGUUAUUGCUAAGAAUAAACUACACAAUGUAAUCAUAUUAUGGACCUUGUGUUGUCAGAAAGCUUGAUAGCAAAUUAAUACAGCAUUAUAAAAUAAAUAUGUAGCCGAAAUGUUGUAAGUGUUUAAACUUUUUAUCUUUGACUGCAGUGUUGAGCAUUUAGUCGAAGCCUGAGACAUGGGACCUACGGUAUGUUUGUAAGUUAAUCAAUACUUUUACAUUUGGAUUAAAAUGAAUUCUCAACACAAAGUUACACACAUUUUUGCUAAUUUCUUCUGUGUUUUUUCUAAUUGACUGUGGACCG